AUGAAGUACACUACCGCUCUCCUUGCCCUGGCUGCCACUGCCAUCGCCGUGCCCACCACUGGUGGCAACAAAGGCAAUGGCGGUGGUAAAGACAACAAUGGUGGAGAAAGUACUUGCAACACCAAGCAGGUUGCAGUUUGCUGCAAUGGUCUUCUGGGAGGCAUACUCUGCAAUAUUGGUAUCCUCGGAAACAGCUGCAGCAGCGGCUCAUAUUGCUGUGAUUCGAACGCAGAACAGGGCGGCCUUAUCAACCUGAACCUUCUCAACUGUGUUGCCCUUUAA